CUCCAACUCUCAAAGUGCUCCCUGGCCUUUUUGUUCUUCUCUUACUUUUCUCUGCUGCGUCGGACACAGCUUGGUCGUUGGUCGUGGUCGUAACUGUACAUCAUUGACUGGUGUUCACAGCAAGAGAAAGAGAGGACCGGCAGCUCGUCAAACAGAUAAAAGGAUUGGCGGUCUGGAAGGUGCUCGAAGAAGUUGAAUGUCGAUUUGGAGAGCUGUGGCCGCAGUUGACCACACGCUGCGUACCCCUCGAUUUCUUUGUGGAUUGACUCACAAUUUCGAUACACGACCUGCUCGCUCUUUUCGCACGCUCUCUUCACAAAAUACUCGGCGGCGAGAGACACUGAGCGACAAUAAGCGGGACUAUUCUUCCCACAGGAGUCUCGAGCGACGGAACUACAACUGGGCCUUUUCACCUGCACUGCGCACAUCAAAAGCACAGGUGCAACGGCACACGACCGUCAGAAUGGCGUCAACAAAUAUAGGAGACACUCACAAAUGGAGUGCUCCGGUCGUGAGAGAUACCUUUCUCAAGUACUUUGAGGACCGGGGCCAUACGUUUGUAAAAUCCUCGCCCGUCGUGCCUGUAUCCGAUCCUACCCUCCUCUUCACCAACGCUGGCAUGAACCAGUUCAAACCGAUAUUCCUCGGCACUGUCGACCCGACGAGCAAAGAAGGCCAGUACAAGCGCGCGGUCAACUCGCAGAAAUGUAUACGUGCUGGUGGCAAGCACAAUGACCUCGACGACGUCGGCAAAGACAGCUACCACCACACUUUCUUCGAGAUGCUGGGCAAUUGGUCGUUCGGAGAUUACUUCAAGACGGAGGCCAUCACAUACUCGUGGGAACUGCUGACCAAAGUCUUCGGUCUGGAGCCGGAUCGAUUGUACGUCACCUACUUCGAAGGCAACGAGGCCGGCGGACUGGAACCGGACAUCGAGGCGAAAGAGCUCUGGAAGAGCGUCGGCGUUGCGGAAGACCAUAUCCUGCCGGGCAAUAUGAAGGACAAUUUCUGGGAGAUGGGCGACCAAGGUCCUUGCGGUCCCUGCUCCGAGAUUCACUACGACCGAAUCGGUGGACGGAAUGCGGCGCAUCUGGUAAACCAGGACGACCCGAAUGUGUUGGAGAUCUGGAACAAUGUCUUCAUCCAGUACAACAGGGAACCGGACAAGAGUCUGCGGCCGCUGCCGAACAAGCAUGUCGAUACAGGUAUGGGCUUCGAACGGCUGGUCAGUGUGCUGCAAAAUAAGAUGUCGAAUUACGAUACGGAUGUGUUCACGCCCAUCUUUGCGCGGAUCCAAGAGGUUACUGGGGCGAGACCGUACUCUGGCAAUUUUGGUGACGAGGACAAGGAUGGAAUCGACACUGCAUAUCGAGUUGUUGCAGACCAUGUACGGACGUUGACAUUUGCGAUUAGCGAUGGAGGGAUCCCCAACAAUGAAGGCCGAGGAUAUGUCGUGCGACGAGUGUUACGGCGUGGAGCGCGGUAUGCCAGAAAAUAUUUCAACGUCGAGAUUGGCGAUUUCUUUGCGAAGAUUGUGCCGACUUUGGUCGAGCAGAUGGGUGGCAUGUUCAAGGAGAUCGUUGCAAAGGAGGAUGAAGUCAAGGAGAUUCUGAACGAAGAAGAGCUGUCAUUCGCAAAGACUCUGGAUCGAGGAGAGAGGCAAUUCGAGGUUUAUGCUCAGAAGAGCCAGGUUCAAGGCUUGAAGAGUCUGCAUGGUGCCGAUGUGUGGCGGUUAUACGAUACUUUCGGCUUUCCUGUCGACCUAACCAGACUUAUGGCUGAGGAGAGAAAUCUGUCGAUUGACGACAAUGAAUUCGAGGCCGCGAGAUUACGGGCCAAAGAAGCUAGCAAGGGCGAAAAGAAGGCGGCGAGUGACCUGUUGAAGCUUGAUGUUCACGACCUUGGCGAGCUCGAGAAGAUGCCCGGCGUCACAAAGACGGACGACAGUGCGAAGUAUGGCAGGGGAAACAUCACAGGCACGAUUCAGGCGAUUUAUCAUGCGAAGGAGUUUCACCCCGACACACAAGCAAUUCCCGAAGGCGAUCAGGUUGGUAUCAUCCUCGACCGGACUUGCUUCUACGCUGAGCAGGGUGGUCAAGAGUACGAUACCGGACGACUUGUCAUUGAUGGGCAAGCGGAGCUUGAGGUUGAGAACGUACAGCUUUAUGCUGGCUAUGUCUUGCAUACCGGGUACAUGAAGUAUGGCCAUUUCGCCGUCGGACACACCGCGAUCUGUGAGUACGAUGAGUUGAGGAGGUGGCCUAUUCGGAACAACCAUACCGGAACACAUAUUCUCAACUUUGCGCUGCGGGAAGUCCUUGGUGACGGCAUCGAGCAGAAAGGGUCGCUGGUCGCUCAAGAGAAACUACGAUUCGAUUUCAGUCACAAGGCUGGUAUCUCAGAUGCUGAUAUACAGAAGGUUGAAGAUAUCUCGACAGAGUAUAUCCGACAGAAUUGCCCAGUCUAUGCGAAGGAUGUCCCUCUCGUCAUUGCGCGGGAGAUCUCCGGCGUCAGGGCCGUCUUUGGCGAGACGUAUCCGGAUCCCGUGCGGGUUGUGUCUGUUGGCGUCGAAGUCGAUGACAUCUUGAAGAAUGUCAAGGACGAGAGGUGGAAGACAGUCAGCAUUGAGUUCUGCGGUGGAACACAUGUAAAGGCCACCGCUGAUAUCAAAGACCUGGUUAUUCUCGAGGAGAGUGGUAUCGCAAAGGGCAUUCGACGAAUCAUUGCAGUCACAGGCGAAGACGCGCAUGAAGUGCAACGUGUGGCGGACAUGUUCUCAGACAAACUGAAGGGUCUUGAGGACAUGCCGUUUGGACCGAGCAAAGAGCAAGAAGCCAAGGCAAUUCAGCUUGAGCUGAACAAUUUGUCGAUAUCGGCGGUAAAGAAAUCGCAGCUCCGGGAGCGAAUGACCAAGGUCAGCAAGGAGAUCCUCGAUCAGCAGAAGAAGUUGCAGAAGGAGGAGUUGAAGAAGGCGACCGAUUCGAUCAGCGAGUACUUUGAGAAGAACAAGGACGCGAAAGCGGCGGUGCUGAGACUCCCCGUCGGUGGAAACCCCAAGAUCGUGCCGGAUGUGGUCAAGCAUGUGCAGACCAAGUUGAAGGAUAAGAGUGUGUAUGUGAUUGUGGCGGAUGACGGGGAACCCGAGGGGAAGGUGUUCCACGGAUGCUUUGUGAGCCCGGAAGGAGUCAAGGCCGGUAUUACGUCUGCAGACUGGUCGGCGCAAGUAUCGCAAUUAGUGGGCGGUAAAGCUGGUGGGAAGGCGCCGGUUGCGAUCGGGACAGGAACAGAGCAGGCGAAGGUGGACGAGGCAGUUGAGGCGGCCAGGGAAUAUUUGGAAAAGUUCAAGCUGUGAGAUGUUGGCUGCUGGGUAUCGAGGCGUAGUGUCCCUUCGACCAACAAUCAAUAUGGAGCCGCAAGAAAAGAAUCACUCGACUCUGGGUGUAGUGCAUGGCUCGAUGCACGGGGACCUACAAGGCUUAGGACGAUGCUGGAACCCUGGAAAGAUCAGAAGAUCGCGGGUCACAGCCUGGGUGUGGUAGCACCUGGGACGGUCGCGUGAUGUGGUGUUGGGAGGCAUGAGUAGGUUGUGUGUACAUCAACAUCAACAUCAACGGUGAUGGCGGGCUUUGUAUGUCACGACUGGGAGCUGGUUAGCUGUAGCCAUCUGGGCCGGCCAAUGCACAGCAUAGAGGGCUUGAUCAAAUGUAUUCAAUAGACGGAAUGAAUCUCAUAUGGGCCACUGCAAAGGUACUCGGUACAAGCAGCGAGGAUAAACAUGGGUUCAGUACCUUAGCUUGGGUAGGUAGGCAGAUACAAGAGCGUACUGUGGUA